AUGUUCCGUUUCCCGUGGCUCGCUGCAUCGCUCGCCUUUGUGGUCUUCAUCUUCUCAAUUGAGGCUGCUGCCACAUCGCCUCCCGACCCUUAUGGGCCAAUCCUAAGGGACUGCUCGCUCAAAGUGGACCCAGUUGUGGAAUUGUGGGGGUAAGUCUUCACGAAGCAUAACGGCGCGACUCGCUACCAGCGCUACGACUGAUCACGUAGACCCGUCUUGCCGCCCGCACACCGGACCAUCACUGAAGAAUUCCUGAGUGCAACCUCCUCGACAUCAAACCUGACAUAAUCAACAGCUGUCUAUGUGGACCGAAAAACGAUUUCAUACGGAAGCUGAUGCAAAUUUGCGUGGCCAAUGGUAAGUUCUACUUUUGAAACGAUUGGGUGAAAUGUGACUCCUGUACGGUGACUUACCCUUCGGGCCGUCCAUCUCUCACAGACAAACGCUCUACCCCUGAGGACGUCAGGUUAUGGAAUGACUUUAAGUGCUCGACGUGUCGCAAUACUGUCUACGAGGGUAAACAUGUAUACGUCCCUCGUGAGUGA